AUGACAAUUUUCUUUCUUUCUUUCUUUCUAUUCUCAUUCUGUUUCUGUCUUAUUCAGUUCCUAUCUAUCUAUCUAUCUAUCUAUUUAUCGUUUCUCAUUCUGUUUCUAUCUUAUUCAGUUCUGAUCUAUCUAUCUAUCUAUUUAUCGUUUCUCAUUCUGUUUCUAUCUUAUUCAGUUCUGAUCUAUCUAUCUAUCUAUCUAUCUAUCGUUUCUCAUUCUGUUUCUAUCUUAUUCAGUUCUUAUCUAUCUAUCUAUCUAUCUAUCGUUUCUCAUUCUGUUUCUAUCUUAUUCAGUUCUGAUCUAUCUAUCUAUCUAUCUAUCUAUCUAUCGUUUCUCAUUCUGUUUCUAUCUUAUUCAGUUCUGAUCUAUCUAUCUAUCUAUCUAUCUAUCUAUCUAUCUAUCGUUUCUCAUUCUGUUUCUAUCUUAUUCAGUUCUGAUCUAUCUAUCUAUCUAUCUAUCUAUCUAUCUAUCGUUUCUCAUUCUGUUUCUAUCUUAUUCAGUUCUGAUCUAUCUAUCUAUCUAUCUAUCUAUCUAUCUAUGCUCAUUUCUUAUCUUCCAGUUGCAGAACCGAAUUCGAAUUCCACUCGAAUGGGUGUUGGCUGCCAAAAGCCCCAGCUUUCAGUGACUCAUCACUCGCAAAAAAAUGGUCUCUGGCCCCUUUUCUCAACGAAAUCGUGA